CUUCCUUUCAUUCGCAACCCCACGCAACAGCCGCGCGAGGGUCAAGCCGAGAAGCUUUGACGCAUUCCAACACCACAUUCUCAUCCAUCGUUGAGUCGCACUGUAAUUCUUACAGUCGCGACAAAUUGGCAUUCGUACUCAUCUCCUUCUCAUCAGCGCCCGAUCAGAAUCGAACAAGAUGGGUCUUCGAUUGUACCAGGCAUCGGUUGAAUCGGAUAGUCAAUCCAAAUUCAAGGCGGAUGAUAGAUCGGCACGGUCGCGGUCUAGUAUUCGGCGCGCUUUAGAUCGCAACGAGGACCGAAUACGCGAGCGGCGCCGUCGCCUGCUCGCAACCGCCGCGGCGUACAACAGCUUCGACGCCAGGCGCGGACAAGCAUCGGCAGACCUAGGUUCAGCCCCUCCCGCGACAACCGACAGCGCUGGGACGCGAUCGGGCUCGGAGCAUGGUCGCCGCACUUUGCGCGAUGCGAACCGGCGCAGGGCCCUCUUCGGUGACGGAACUGUCACAAUCUUUGGCGAACCUUGGGCGCAUCUGCAUGCCGAACCGCACCCGGGCCCGUUUCGCGACGAUGGUCACGUCCUCUUUCCCGCGCUCUCGAUGGCGGUCGAGUCCGACUUCUUACCACCUCGUACUCAAGCGCGCCCCGAACCGACAUAUGCGUUGUCCAACAUGAGAUCUACACAAGCCUCCAACCAUACCUCCCGGAGCACGUCGAGACACCAACCCCGGCCUCUCUGGUCCCGCGUGCAUAGGCACAGCACUCGGCUGGACGGCCUACGGGAUGAUGUUUCUUCUGGCCGAGCGAGCCCCUGGGCAGUGGACGCAGACGGCUUGGGCGACCGUAACAGGAGCCUCAGCCCGGAGGGCGACACAGAUUGGGGCACGCUGCUCACCACCCUGACACCGGACCCGCAGCCGCCCAGUGUCGGAUCCUCGUUCGCAUCCGCCUCGGCGUCGGCCGCGACCACCCAGCGCACUGCGGCGCCCACCUCGUCCAGGACGUCGUUCACCACGCCGGAUACGGCGGAGAAUUCGUCGUUUGAACAUCCGUGCGAGUCGGGGUGUGACAACUCCGACACGGAGGGCGACGAGGAGGACGAGAUGGAUCCGAUGUCCAUCUCGGGUCUGAACUCUCUCAGACGUUCCUCUGCCCUCCGUGGGGAUAGCGACGACCCUGUGGAGCUGCUCGGCGGAAUGCAGAGGAUAGUCCGCAACCUGGCCCGGCGAGAGGAUAUCCCCGACGAGUGGUGGGCGGAUGCCGGUCUUAGCCGGACGCUGUCCCGCGAGGCGUCUAGAAAUUGAUUUUUUUUUUUUGGGGGGGGGGGGUUAUGCGCCUUGAUCAUGGAAACGCGACAGGGUUUGCGAAACAAAGAAACAUGGAGUUGGGCAUCCUGGUUUUUAUGGCGUUCUGGGUUCAACGCAAAGGGCUUCUGGACUGUACCUCAUUUUAAUCUGACGGUUUAUACGAUGAGGGGGAAAGGCUUAACAGGAAGAAGGGCUGGGAUAUGAAGCGCCCUGUCUUG